AUGCGUGGACGUUGGCUGCUUCCAGCGGCACUCAUCUCGUGUCUCAACUGGGUCAAAAAGGAUCCACUCCCGGUUGGACAUGAAUCGGAAGUGAUCGCAAAAAGUGAACACUACCUCUUCGUCAUCAUUGUACAACGUGGGCCUGGAAUUCUCAGUGGAAUGUACUCAACUCUUGCCCUGCAACCCUACUAUCUCACUGCGACAUCCGAUGUCCCAAACGCUCCCGAGAUCAAAGAUUUGAAGUUUACAAUAAAAAGCUAUCAUUCCACUCCAUCACCACCAACGCCAGCCCCAACGGGGACCACUCCAGUGCCAACUUCUCCAGCGAACUGUUCGAAUGGUGGAUGGCUUGUUCAGAACCCGGACGGCUCAGCUUUCUGCGUGUGCCAAGGGUUGUGGCAAGGAGCAACUUGUAAUCAACUUGUUUGCAUGAAUGGUGGAUAUGACACUGGAGGUACUCGUUGUACUUGCUUGGCCGGUUUCCAGGGAAUUCAUUGUGAGGACGUUGUUUGCGUUGAUCGUGGCCGUGAUCAAUUCUACGUCGACGAGCCAAAUCUCGUCUUUGUCGUCCGUGUUCGCCAACAAAUGCAAGACGUUUUGGAUCAAGUGAUGAGCGCUGUGACCAACAUUGUCAAUGCAAUCCAAAUCUACGACGCGAACUAUGUGAAGAAGUUUGGCGUCGUCUUCUACAAUAACGGAAAACAACUCUUCUCGGCCAGCUACUCCUCUUUCGGAGCAUUCCAAUUGGGUUGGACGAGAUGGGCCACCGAUGUGACAGAUCAAAGCGGAAAUUGUACGGACAAUGAGUUCACUUUCUUAGCCGCUGCCUUGCAGAGUCUUCCCGUUUCACCGAGAUCAAAGGUUUAUGUGAUCACCGAUUCGAUGCCGCAAGACUAUGGAGAUGUGCUCGACACUGUUUUCCAACUUGACUCCUAUUUCCGAGUUCCAAUCUAUUUCCUCUACGUUGAAGCAUCUCCCGGACAGGGUUGUGUACCCGAUGUUCACGAUCCCGGUUUCCGCGCAAUGGACGAUAUCACUCAACGAACGGAGGGUGUUCCAUUGGCGAUCGGUGUGCAUUUGAAUCAAUUCCCAGCGAACAUCCCACCCCAGUAUGUGCAAGCCGAGUUCCUCAUCACUGCACAAAGAGGCCAACAACAAGUCGACAUUUACUCAUCGAAUGGAAUCUGGCGAGAUGGAUGUGACUACAAUUUCUACUUCCCGCCAUUCACUUGCCGAAAUGAGGGAGAGCUUCUGCGCUUCCAGUUCUUCGCCCGUGAUGGACUUGGGUUCCCGAUUCAAAGAGCUGGCAACAUGUACUGCACCGGCUAUCAUCCAACUCAAUCACCACCUGGUGGCUGUCAGAAUGGUGGAGUCAUCAAUCCAGCUGAUAACAGCACUUGCUUCUGUCCACCUGGCUAUGAGGGAACUCUAUGCGAGAAGUUGAUCUGCUGGAAUGGUGGAACCCCGUUGAUCUUUGGCUUCUGCCAGUGUCCGCCUGGCUUCUUGGGAACUCACUGUGAAACAAUCUCUUGCAUUGAGGAAGGCCCAGCUCCUCAGAUCUUCACUCGUUACGUCGACAUGGUGUUUGCUGUAGAGAUGACUACAACAGCAUAUGCUCAGAUGACUUUCCUCAACAAAAUGUUCCCAGAGAUCCUCAGAGACGUCGUCUCUCAUCACGAGGAAUGGAUCAGAAACUUUGUUCUCAUUGGUUACAACUCGACAUGGGGAGGAACUCUUGCUACCGCAUCGUCUCUUGAUCCAACUAGUGUCCUCAUCGCUCUCAACAAUACCGUCUCCAACUACAACGGUCUCGACAAAACGACGGACGCUUGCAAUGCCACCGUGCAAGUGUGGCAUGCAAUGGCGCAAGCUGUCAUUCAAAGAAGGAUUCGACCCGGAUCUUACAUCAAUCUCUUCUUGGCCAGCAAACCGGAUGAGUCAAAUUUGCAAGAGAUCAUCACCAUGUACAACGAUGUUCGACAGAUGAAGAUCCUUGUUACAGCGAAUAUUGCUUACACGAGUAGUGGAACGUAUGUGUGCAACAAUACUUGGAACAACUAUGCAUUGGUUCACGACUUGUGUCGUUACUCUAAUGGAGAGUCGUACAACAUGCAACAGCCAUACGUUGAAGGAUUCGUCCGCACGAUCCCGAUGAAAUUCAUGCAAGGAGUGCUUGCGCAUCGCCGAUAUGAUGACUGCACUGGCACAAUGUAUGUCUCAGUUCCAGUUGAUGCCUAUGCCCAAUCGCUUCUCAUCGCCGUUAACGGAUACAAAGCCACUGUUCAACUCUUCAAUGGAUACAAUAAACUCCAACAAGCACCCAACUUCCGAUCAAUCACCAACGCCAAUGAUCCGAUUUCGGGAUGGAAUUUCUUCACUCAACGAGCUUCUUGUGACCCUGACUGGGAUCCGCUCGGUGACUAUUGUGUCAAGUUCUCACUUACUCCAAACGAUUAUGAUAGCGCUGUGGCGAUUUGUCACAAUGGAGGCGGAAUGCUGGUCGACGAUUUAACCCAGGAUAAACAUGAUUUCCUCAUCAGAGAAGGAGCGACCUCUUCUUUCUGGUUCGGUCUCAACAAUCGCAACAACACCGGCUGGCAAUGGGAUCGAGAAGAUGGACGACCGCCUGUGCCUUAUGAUUCGACUGGAACAAACUUCUGGCCAGGAGGCACUGUGCCAAAUGAUCCAACCAAGCUCUGCGCCUAUUUCGACUCAUCUAAAUCGACUGAGAAUUGGUUUCCCGAGUCUUGCAAUGUUCAGAAAUACUUCGUUUGUCAGAGACAUAUCUAUGACUGGAACUAUAUGCCGAAUAGGAUCGAUGAUGAUGACAUGCCUGCUGGAAAGUACUACCUUGCGAUCACCACUCAAUUGCCACCCACCGACGGUUCGACCAAUCUCGGGAAAGGAUGCUUUGCUGAAGUCCGUGUCCAAUCACACCUCCAGAUCUACGGUGGCUUCACUGAAGACACUCACAACGAUUAUCCAAACAUGGACCCUGUGGCAAAAUCGACUCAAAACCGUUUGAUCACUUUCGUCGACUCGGCCGCCUCAUUCCAACAGAGAACCCCAAUUUUGACUCACGGUCUCAUCUUCAACGCACACAACGAAACCAUGUGGGAUGCAGUCACUUAUCAGCCUCGCGCUCUUUGCUCUCUCGAUUGGAUCUCCCAACCGUUCUACUGCCCCGACAGUGACAACAGUGACAAUCUCUUCUCGAUUUAUCACCUUGGCGAGGAUGAGUAUGGACACACUUUCCAGAGAAUCGUCAACGCUCACUGCCAGAAUCCGUCUAUCACUUGCGGUAAUGGCGGCCUCCGUUACAAUGGAACUUGUGUGUGCACAGAGUACUGGCAGGGAAGCAAUUGCUCGAUUCCGAUUUGCGUGAACGGUGGAGUCUUGGAUCGAACGAACACGCGUUGCUUGUGCCCAGAUGGAUUUGUUGGAUCAGCUUGUGAAUAUCAGGCUUGCACGAACCCACAGAACUUCACUUUCGACACUUCUGGCGCCUCGUUGACCAUCGUUUUAGAGGUCACUCAAAACAAUAGAAACAAUGCAAACGGCUUCCUGGCCGGUCUUCGAGAUGUCAUUGAUAAACUUCCAUCUGAUUGGUUCUCCAACUAUCUCCUUGUCACUUUUAACUCCGGCGGAGUCGUCUCGAACAAAGACUAUUCAACGACAGCCACUCUAUUGACUGAUAUCACCUCUCAAAUCAACAAUGGAAAUGAUGGAGGCUCUUGCAAUAUGCCACUUUUCGGAGCUGUCAGUGCCGCUCUCACGAAUCAGGCUCUGCGUUUGGCUGGUCAUCUCAUUGUCGUCUCGUCAUCGAUUCCAAGUGACUCGGCCAGUCGGCAAGGAACGAUUCAGUUGAUCAAUGGGGCUACGCCAAAGAUCCACAACUUCUACUCGAACUCGUCCGGUUGCUUGAAUAAUGCUGAGAUUCCGAACACCGAUGACGCUCUCCACUUCCAACGAUUCGCCUAUGCGACAGAUGGAAAUAAUUUCUUCACGAAUUCGGAUCAAAUUCAGAAGGCUAUUACUGUCUAUCUGCCGACAAUCGGUGGAUUGACAAAUACUCUUGCUCAUCCAACCUAUUUCAAUAAUUUCACUUGUGCAGCUACUGAGGAUUGGUGGAUCCAAGUUGACAACAAUUCCACUGAUAUCUAUAUUACUGUCUCCAAUGUUUUUGCUUCGAUUGUGGUGAUAGAUCCACAUGGAAACCUAAUCUCGACCGAUGUUCUCUACAGUUACGCCAGCCAGAAAUACUAUCACAUCGACAAAGAUGAAGCAGGAAUCUAUCUCUUUAGCGCUGUUGGACCCGGUCCAUGCUAUGUGAACAUCCAAGCGACUGGUGGAGUGCAAGCGUGGAAUGGUUUCGCAUUGACAAGCGCUGCUGAUCCCACCGGAUCACACACUGAUGACACAAAUCUUUUUGCGACUGCUGGUGUUCCAAACAUUGCCGUCUUCCACGUUUUCAACGGAAAUCAAGAUCCGCGAAGAUUGGCUGGAGUACUCACCUAUAUGGUCAUGUGGGAUCCAAACACUUUAACGUCUGUUUACGGAGAGCUGUAUCCUCGCGCCAAUUGCCACUUCGAGUACUACUCGGAUCCAUUCAACUGCACGGUCUACGAAGGCUUCUACAUGACAAUUCACGGCUACGAUGAGUUGGGCAUGACGUUCGUGAGACAAAUCGCCGCUUGGUGCUUGCCAGCUGUUACCCCGACUGGAUCGACCCCAAUUGGCACCAUAACAACGACGACAACAACGACCACAACAACGACCACCACAACGCCUAACACCGGACCACCUCUUUCAUCAACCACUGCCAUGCCCACAACAACCUCGGACUCAUUGGCGGGAAGAAAUGUGGACAUCGUUCUCCUCCUUGACACCUCAUCCACCGCUCAGCCGUAUUUCGAUGAUUACAUCCAAUUCGUGAAAACCUUCUUCACGGCGUUUACGGUGAGCCAAGCGAGAACGAGGAUUGGAAUUGUGACCGUUCCCGGAGAUGACUUUGCAACGUUCCUCGUUAUUCAACUUGGAGGAAUUGAUAAUACGGCUGCACUCUUCAAAACUCUUGACGACAUCAAGAACUUCUACACCGAUUUCGAUGAUCAAGGCCAAUAUGCUGGAGCAGCUCUUGAUCUUGUCCGUCAAAAGUAUAUGACACUGGGGAAUGGUUACCGAACACAGAUCAACAACCAUUGGAUUAUCUAUUUGACAUCGGCGGCCAGCAUUACCGACUUGAAUGACGCCAUCACUAAUGCGAACUUCUUGAAGUCUGGCAAGUACUACUCGAUUGCUGGAAUCGCUUAUGGAACUGGAGUUAUGGACAGAGCGACGCUUGCGCAAAUCACCGGCGGCACAUCGUGCUCGUUCUCCACCGAUAACCAAAACAACUUGAAGACCACAAUCGCCCGAAAUAUUCAACAACAAAUUUUUGACAAUGAUGGCACUUAUUGCAUGGCAUCGCCG